AUGACUACUCUGGAGCAAGCAAAUCCAUCAGGGGAAUUCUCCUCAGGCGCAGCUGUUGAGUCUAGCUCCGAUGAUAUUGCCGCAGAAGAAUCGGCGAAGCCAACUGGUUUUAAGCCCACUGGGCGCUUUUGGGCCAUCAUCUUCACGUGUGCCACAAUUGGUCUUUUAAGUGCACUCGAGAACACCGUAGUCACUACUGCUUUACCUCAGAUUUCCACGGAGCUGAAAUUGGGCGCAGACUACGUAUGGGUUACAAAUGUUUUCUUUUUGACAGGAGCCGCCAUUCAACCGCUAUUUGGUCAACUGGCCAACAUCUACGGACGAAGAUGGAUUACCUUGAUUAUUGUCGCAUUCUUUACCCUGGGCAGCGGAGUCGCCGGGGGAGCCAAUAAUGGAGCCACGCUCAUCGCGGGUAGAGCAGUACAAGGUAUCGGUGCUGGAGGCAUCUAUAUCAUUAUCGACAUCAUCGUGUCAGAUCUCGUCCCACUAAGACAAAGAGGCAAUUAUAUGGCUGUAAUUCUCACAAUCUAUACAGUUGGUAUGUCUAUAGGUCCUUGGGUCGGUGGCGAAAUAAUAGCUACGACAUCAUGGCGUUGGGUUUUUUGGAUCAAUUUACCGAUUGGCGUUACCGCAAUGAUUAUGAUAUUUCUCUUUCUUCACGUUCGCCAUGAUCAAAGCCAGUCGCCUCUUCAGAAACUCAUGCGGAUCGACUAUGUUGGCAAUCUCAUCCUCAUCGGGUCAACUGUCUCGAUCCUAUAUGCCCUAACUUAUGGGGGUACUACUCGACCUUGGUCUAGUGCUCGGAUUAUAUCUCCCUUGAUUAUUGGCUUCGCCGGAUUUGUGCUCUUCAUGUGGUACGAAAGAAAGGUCCAAGAGCCAGUGGUUCCACCUGAGCUAUUCAAGAGCCGCACUGCCGUUAUCAUUUUUGUUGUGACCUUUUUCAAUUCUCUUUUGUUAUACUGGGUACUAUUCUUUCUUCCUGUAUACUUUCAGGCUGUACUUGGAAAGUCUGCUGCUCGGUCUGGUGUCCUCCUUCUCCCAGCUGUGCUUUUUGCUAUUCCAGGCUCUAUCGUGGCAGUGCUGUUGUUAACGAAAUUCGGAAAAUAUAAGCCGAUACACUUGGUAGGCUUUAUACUUACUGUUCUUGGCUUAGGUCUCUUCUCCAUGUUGGACCAGAAUUCUUCGUUGGCAGUGAUCGUCAUUUAUCAAGCAAUCUCAGCACUGGGCGGAGGGCUUGUUUUGAACACGCUGCUCCCGGCUGUACAGGCUCAACUUCCUGAAUCCUAUCAAGCUUCAGUCACAGCUGCCUGGUCAUUUAUGCGCUCUUUUGGUAGUAUCUGGGGUGUGGCUGUCCCAGCGGCUCUCCUCAAUGAGCGUGUCACGGACCCGCAGGUGCGUUCUGUAUUUGACGGUAACAAUAAUGCGUAUGAGAACGCAUAUGCUAGCUAUAUUUGGGCCUUCCCACAACCAUCGAGAGACCAGAUUAUAAGCACCUAUUCGGGAGCUCUCCAACUUAUAUGGCAGAUCUCGAUCGCCUUUGCGGGUUUCAACGUUCUUAUAAUUAUUUGGGAGAAACAAAUUCAUCUUCGAACGGAACUGGAAACUGAAUACGGAAUGGAAAAGAAGAAAGACAACAAAGUGGGAGCAAGGGCUGAAAAUGGGAAUGCGGAUGGUCGCAAUGCAAAACACCAGAGCGAGGAGACGACGGCAUCUUUUGAUGAGAAGGACGCUGUGUCUGCGACCCGACAUUGA